UCGUGGUGCAGAUGAUGUGCACUAACCAUGCAGACAUCUCCCGCUGUUCCCAUUUAUGAGCAGUUUUUGAUGUUUCUCCCUCUAUCUCAGCUCCCUUUUACUCUUGAGGUCCUAGAAUAAUGAGUUUGGGAUGCUUCCCAGCUGGGCAAUGUCACUUAAAGAUGUUCGAUUUACUUCCAUGGCUCCUUGCCCCUAUGACUUCUAGGACAGGUCAGUAAAUUCAGACAGACUCUAGUAUAAAUACAGACAGACCCUGGUACUAGCCUGGGAGCAGUGAGUGUAUGUGGGCCCUGUUGAGAGGCACAUGGGUGACUAGGUGGGGUGGGGGUUGUGUACAGCAUUCAUUUUAGCCCAGUUCUAGAGGGCAUUGGGAAUGUGUGUAAGGAGGGAGCACUGAGAGCUUGCUGUCCGGAAGUGACCCACUUUCAGAUAUGUUCCAGCCCACGCCUGGAAAUUCCUCUUGCCUAGCUAUGUGGGAAGCUCUAAUCUUUUCAACAGUCUUUCGGUGUGUUGAACCCAGAGAAACCUGAGCUCACUGCUAUUCUCAGCACUUCACAAAGUAAAAUAUUCUUUCAUCUGCUUCUCAGCCACCUAAACGGGCAGAUUCUCUGCAGCUGGCACUUGGUAGGAAUCAGGAACAGAAGUGUUAGACACAACCUCUGCACAGCCAACAGUCCAGUGCAGAGGUUUCCUGAUGCCGUCCUCUGGAAGCAAGUAGCUUUUUAAUCACGAUUUGGUUUUAGAGUAGUCAGAGACAUAGGUUUGGCUAGGAAUUGAAUCCCUAAAUAACGAGCUUGGGUUUUUUUCCCUCUCACUUAGCUCAUGGAUUUGCAUGGGAGAUAGUACUUCUGAAACGCAUUUGGGAAGCCUAAUUUCAGAGCUCAUUUUUCCCUAUGGCCCUAAAUCCAUUCUGCCAAAUUGAUGCAGAUGUGCCAUUGUCUGAGGCACUCAGCAGAGAUGGUUGAACAGUGUCUCCUUGUCCCUAGCCUCCUUCCUAACUCAGGUUUGACAGGAAGAGUUUAUAGAGCCCAGCGUGGUGGUACAUGCCUGUAAUCCCAGCACUCGGGAAACUGAAGCAGGAGGAUUGUUGUGAGUGUGAGACCAGCCUGAAUUACAGAGCAAGAGCCUGUUUCAAAAAAACAGAGUUUAUCUAAGAAUUGUCCCCAUUGAGCAUUUUUUGCACUCUACAAUUUGCUUGUUCUCUGACAGAGGAAGGGCUCUGGCAAGUGGAAUUUCUAGUCCCAGCACCAGGAAUGGUAUGUUGAGAAGAAUCUUGUUUGUUGCUGCUGCCUCAGGACCUACAAAAGGUGUUUAACAGCCAUGGGAUGAGGCUGUAUUAUAAGUCCCAUCUGUGUAGUUGGUAAGAGGAUCUAGUUGGCUCCUUUGGCUAGAUUGAAGGACCAGGUAAAUAGAACACUGUCUCCAGCCUUCCAAAACUCAGGCUGCUCUCGAGCUCAGAGGGAAGAAAAUCUCGUAACCCCAAGGUCUCUGCCCUUUUUUGGGUUUGCUCCUACCCUGCUCCUCUGUUCAGCCCCCGUGACUUGGAUCUAAGAGAGGACCACAAACUUUUCAGCUGUCUCAGCUUUCCCCAGACCUCAGGGCCAGAGGUUCUGCAGAUGUUCUUUCCUUUGGAAGAUCUCUUGCCAAGAACAGCAUUCCUUGAGGGGAAAGGGUUCAAGUUGAACUGUGGCUGGAAUGUUGCUUUUGUUGGUUUGUGUAAAUGUAUUGCUGGCGAGACAGCUGCUGGGACUGGGAAAGACGCUCAGAGCUUGCUGUCACAGAGAGAGUAGAGUGCUGGGUUCCAGGAUGGGGCCGCUUUUAUGACCACAGCCAGAAAUGCUGAGGCAUUCUUCCGAUGGUAUCAACUUGGCUUUCAAAUAUCUUUCAAUUCCUAAAUUUUAUUCAAAGUGGAAGUGCCUUGUGUUUCCAUGAGUCACUGUCCUUGCCAUUUGCAUGUGAAAUGUUAUUGUAUGGGCGUAUUUUAAGUUUAUUGCAUCCUUAGAAUUAAUUUCCAAGGGCUGGCUAUAUCCAGAAUUCAGAAGAAACAUCUCGCUGAAAUCAAGGCUUGUCCAAAAAAGUAAUGUAGGGGGAACAGAUGGCUCUCUGAUAGGAACCCAGUAAACACUGCUUGGCUGUGGGUGGUUUAUAUUUGGAGACCUGUGAGUCCAACAUGGAGGGCUCAUGUGACAUUUGAGAGAACUGAAAUCAGCAGGUACAGACACAGCAUCUGAAGCAUCCCUGUCAUUGGUCUGAACCAGUACAAGCAAGAGCUGUUUUUGAGAAGCUUGAAAAAGCCAUCAGGAGACAUACCAGCCACUGGAAGAGUUUACUGAGCACCUGUUCUGCCCUUCUCUGGUCUGCUCUGUUCCAGAGGUUGGAGGAAACUGAUAACCUGCCAGUCACUAUCCCUCUGAGGUGAGGGAGCUUAGAGCCAGAGCACACAGCAGUGAGUUCCAGAAGAACCUAAGGCCCAUGUCUGGUUAACUGAGAUCAAAUAGGCACAGCCCUAGACUUAGGAAAAUCAGAAGGUCCUGAUUCUUAAGAUAUGAAGAGAGGAUGGGGUUUUAGGUCAGGAAUUGGUAGGAAACAGCAGUGGCCCUUACCCUGCUGGACAUUAGAAUCAUCUGUGUGUAUCAGACUCCUGGUCUCUUCUGAAAAAUUUUGUGAUUUCAGAUGUGCAUACCUGUAAUCCCCAGCACUUGGAGGCUGAGGCAGGAGGAUCACAGUGAGUUUGAGGCCAGCCUAAACUACAUAAUGAGAUCUUACCUCAAAAAACCAAAACAAUUUCACGAUGCCAGGGCUUCUGAGCAUUUCUCAAUCAGGUGUCAGUGGUCAGAAGGAAUCACAAGUUCUGAUGGAGAGGGAAGGAAAUGAUGUUAUCAAAGAAAGCCAAGCUUGAAACUUCUGGUUUUGGAAAGGGAUGAGAAAGCGCACCUGAAAGUAGCUGAAAGGCCGGGUUCAGUCCCACUGUACCCAGCCCUCCCCAUAGUCAGUGCUCUGUCCACACCUUCAGGUUCUGGAAGCCAGAGGCAAGUGAGUCUCAGGUCUCCGCCUCUGCCUGCCCGCCAGAGCCUGGUCCUCACAUUUGCAAUCCAUAGACCCACCCAGGAGAACUCACCCCUUUCUCUGACCACAAAGAAAAUCUUGGAAUGAGAGUUGCUUUUGAUGAGGUUGUUAGGGGAUUCUCACAAGCUACUUGUAGUCCAUGGAUAUAUGUAAGCUAGUAAUGUGACAGUCAUGAUACUUACCGAUGGUUAUUAGCAUUUAUUGCUUUUAGGAAGAUACUCUUGCCUUUAAGGAGCUGGUGCUAUAACCUGAGGAAGGUGCUUGCUUUACUGGGUAAAGUCAUCAGAAACAUCCAUCUGCCACACACUGGGCACCCAUCUCCUAAGCUUGGUCUGAAUUUCUAAAAUGUAGAAAAGAAGACUGACCUGGGGCCAUGGUAACAGGAGACUGCUGAGUGUCAGAGUGGGAGGGUCUAGGGCCGGGGAUUUAGCUCAGUGGUUUCACUGCCUGCACAAGGACCCCAGUUCGAUCCCCAGUACCAAAAAAAAAAAAAAGAAUGGGAGGGUCUGAGGGGACACAAGCCACCCCCAUCCUGAGCUACUGUCCUGUAUGGGAUGCUUUGGAAGAAAGGCACAUCCCAAGCCAGGAGGCCCUGGGGGCACAGUGGCAUUAGACCCAAGCUUCUGUGAAGCCCCUGGCUGUGUCCCCAUCUCUGCCCCCUCUGCCCUCCCACGAGCUGCCUGACUGAAUCAGCCUUGGCAAAGCUCCUCAGGGCUGCAUAGAGGCUGUGGCCAGGGUGGCCACUGCUGGGGGGAGGGGUGGGGACUUAGCUGGGCACAUUCCAGUGUGGGCAGAUUGUUCAGUUGCAUGUUCAGGGCAUUUCUUACCCCGCUCCAAAAAAAAAAACCCAACUUACAUUCAUUGACGUUUAGUGUCUAGGUCCAGACCAGCAUUCCUGCACAAAGUGCUGAGGGCCCUUAAUGGAGGGCUCUGUGCCACAUGCAGGGAAGUUCUUGGAUAGUUUGAACACAGCCCCCCAACCUCUGUCGUGUCCAGUGGUGGAAGACCUGAAAUAUUCCUGGGGAAGGGGGUUGAGUGUCCCUAAAUACUCCAAAUAUGGUCUAGGAAAAUUGAGGAGCUUGCUAUGAAAAUUCAGUAGAGCUUAUGGUGCUAUGCCUGUGGGUCCCACAGAACCCAGGUGCUGUGACCCAGGUAAGGUGAGUGUGCCCAUGUCAGGAGUGGCUGAGGGAUGGCACCCACAGGAGUCCCCACAGGGAUGUGUCUGAGUCUUUCGGGUUAGACCUCAGAAACCGACUAUGGAAUCUUGAGUAAGAUGUCAGCCUGUGGACUGUAGUCAGGGUCAUUUCUCUGUCCUCAGCUGUGAUGGGAGGUGUCAGAGGAAGGUACCUCAUGCCCCCAUAUGCCCUCUAGUCAUUACCACAGCUGUAUGCUGCUCUGUGAUAAGGGUUUGGUCAGGGGCCAUGUGUGCUGGGGACGGGCUGGGCAGGCCUUUGAAGCAGUACACAGCCUGCCUGGAAGCCAGGGUUUGUGUCGUAGGGACCCCCCACCCCCCUUCCCCCACACACACCCCUAGCCGAGUUAGAACUGUCCUCUGGGUGAUCUCAGUUUGAUCCUUUCUACUCUGAGGCAGGCUGGGCCCACAUGGCCCCGCCCCAUCCUUGCUGGCUCCAGUUCUAGUCAAGUCGGAGCUGCAGUAGCUUGUGUUCCCGGCCACCCUCAUCAGUUAGGAAGUCUGCACUGUGGGCUGGGGCAGCCACAGCCUCUUCUACCUGGCAUCCACUGCCUGAAGCCCCUAGGCACGUGCUUCGGGGCCCUGAAGCCUCUUAAAGCCACCAGCAAGGCUUAGAAGACUGUGUCCUGGCCUGUGAACAGAGCCAGACUUCACACUGAGCAGCUGCAGUCGGGGAAAUCAGAGAAAGCGCCAUCCAGCCCCAGAUUCCGAGGGGCCUGCUGGGGACUCUCCUCUUCCUCUGGAGGGAAGACCCCGAGGCUGCUGGCUGGCACCAGCUCCUGGGCUGUAUGGGACUGGCAGCCGUUGCCCCCACGCUGUCCUCCGCCCUGCCAGGCAGAUAGGGCCGCUGUGCCCAGGAGCAUCCCCCCUCUGCCUGCUGUCCGGCAGCACCUCCUGGUCCGCCUUUCCUGGACUUGGUGGCCACCUCUACUAAUAGAAGGCCAUGUAGGCACCGCUCAGGCCUUUGCACACACCGCUGGGGACAGCUCCACUGCUCUCGGGGGACCCAGUGUACCACCAUGCCCCGGGGACUCGCCUGGCUGCACUAUCUUGGGAUCCUCCUUGGUGUGGCCUUGGGGACCGAGGGCCUGAAGGUGUGGCCUUUGACUCAGAAUAAGGGGUGCACUGCCACUGGCUACCUUCGGGACAAGCUGCAGUACAAGAACCGGCUUCAGUACAUGAAACACUACUUCCCCAUCAACUACAAGAUCAGCGUGCCUUAUGAGGGGGUGCUCAGAAUCGCUAACGUCAGCAGGCUGAGGAGGGCCCGGGUGAGUGAGCAGGAGCUGCGGUACCUGUGGGUCUUGGUGAGUCUCAGCACCACCGAGUCAGUGCAGGACGUGCUGCUAGAGGGCCACCCGUCCUGGAAGUACCUGGAGGAGGUGCAGACGCUGCUGAUGAACGUGUAUCGGGACCUCAGGGAUGUGGAGAUCGGCCCCAAGGUGGAAGCCGUGUUGUCGGUCCUCAGCACCCCAGGCCUGAGCCUGAAGCUGGUGAGGCCCAAAGCCCUGAUGGACAACUGCUUCCGGGUCAUGGAGCUGUUGUACUGCUCUUGCUGUAAACAAAGCCCCGUCCUAAACUGGCAGGACUGUGAGGUGCCAAGUCCUCAGGCUCACAGUCCAGAGCCCUUGUUGCAAUGUGCAGCCACCCACUUGUACCCUCCAACCUAGGCCUGGCCCCUGCCUGCCCGGCUCCCUGGGCCUAAGUGCUGCUGGGCCCCGGGGCUGAGGUCUCUGGGCCUGAGGCUCCUGUAUGUUGGUCGUGUGUGGGGAGACUUGAGUCCCAGGAGCUGGGCCAGGCCUGAGACUUCGGAGAAGCCCCCUGAGCUGGAGGUGGGCUCAGCGGUUUCUGCCUUCUGACCUGACUCCAUCUCCCGUGGAAUGGCAGGGGCUGGGGCCCCCGGCUGGGCUGCAGGUGGUGCUGAAGUCUCCUGUGGUCGCUGGAGCCGGAGCUGUGCUUCGAGGCGGCAGCAGAGAUGCAGGGACCACGUAGGACUCCAGGACUCACCGUGGCUUUCCAGCCAGGUGGCACUGAGGGCCAAGCCAAAAUGCCACAUCUUGCCACAGUGGAUGCUAUUCUCAUUUUUUUUCUAUUAAACACCCGCUGUUUUUGGUUUG